UAUAUAAUAUAUAACAAGGGACCCCUUCUCUAAAAAGGGUGAAGACCUCUACUUUGAUUUCUUACAGUUUAUGCACAUGAUUAAACAAUCUUUUUAAUCUUUUUUAAAAUUAAUAUCUGAAGAUAUAUUUAGUGCUCUCAGAACACCAGAGCCAGAAUUUCAAUGUAAAUGUAGUUUGUGAUCUAUAUGCAGGACUCUUGUGGAAGCAUGUCUAGGGUGGAAGGUUACGGAGAGUCUGACCUGCGCUCACAGCUACGAGCAUGUAGGACUGAGAUCGCCAUGGCAAUCCAUGACCCUUUCCCACUGCUGUAUGGGCUGGCGGAUCACAACAUCAUCUCUGAACAGACCCUAAGGGAGACUUUAGAGCAAAAGAAAAAGGACGGGAUCCACAAAGCUGUCUACUCACUGCUCACUUUGAUACUGGACCAGGAUGCCACAGUCCUCCAGGGAUUCUGGAGCAAUCUCUGUAAAGAGUACAAUAAGGAGUGUUACCCAAAACUGGAAACCCUUUUUAUGAACCUUCCCAAAGGGUUAAAGCAGGUGGCCAGACAUGCAGGGAACCCCAGGAUUUUGGUGCAGGUCCGCAGCCAGUCAGGCAAGAAGAGAGGGGUGGCCGAAAAACCAAUGACCCACCGGCCAUCACAUCACCACACCAAGAAAGCCUUAACCUCCAGCUCAGGAAGCAAAGGCAAGCCUAUGAGAAAGACAGAUGGUGCAGCACUUUCUCAGGUCUCAGUGGGAAACGGGGUCCAGGCUGUAUCUACCUCAGUCCAGAGGGCCGUGACUGUGUCUGCCAGUGAGCAUCCCACUGGCUGCGGGACAGUGGAGGGGAUUCUGAUCCAGCAGGUCAUCGAGUCUGGAGGUGCCAAAAAAUGCAUCAAGGUUGGAGGAGAAUUCUACUCUUCUGGCAAACUGGAUGAGACAGCUGGAGUGCAUAAGGCACAGACUGCACAAAACUAUUUUCACCAGCAGGGAGAGCCAAGCACCAGAGUCAUGGAUGUCGAGCAUAAUGAUGAUGAAUGUACCGUAUGUAAAGACGGUGGGGAGCUCAUCUGCUGUGAUGGAUGUCCUCGCGCCUUCCAUCUCAACUGCCUAGUUCCGCCCCUUACCUCCAUACCCAGUGGUACGUGGCGCUGUCAGUUAUGCCAAAGCAACCGAGCAAAAGACAGGACAUACACCCCUUUGCAGCCUGCAGUUCACCCUUCAGUGACAGAGUCAAGCUCCAGCUCGGCUGUGGACUUCUCUUUCUUCUCGUCUUUGUCCUCCACUUCACUCUCCACAGUCUCAAGAGGCCUCCAGUCUUCAGAUGCUGAAAUGGUUGGGAUGAGAAUGGCUUGUGGAAUUUGCCAUCUCACCCGAGGAGAGCUGAUCACCUGCCCACAGUGCCUGCAGAGUUAUCAUGCCCUCUGCAACUUUUCAAAUGGAAAGUCAAGAUGUAGAAAUUGCUCCAGGUCUUGGGGCCCUGAAAGUGAAACAUCACUGAGGAGUCUUCAGAUGAGUCAACACAUGACUGAUCAGGGCUUAACGCCAUCCGAGCAGCUGCUCAACAGAGAUGAAAUGGACUCUAUAAUGGGGGAGAGCUCUAUAGAUGGGAUCCUGCAGUGGGCUUUCCACAACAUUUCACAUCCUCUUUCUGAGUCUCAAGGCUAUUUCUAGUGAGUCCACUGGUUCAUCUCUGCUGUGCCCAAACAUCAAAUCUCAGUAUACGGCUCCUUCUCAGUGUUAGUUGGACUAAUAGAGCAUACAGAUUCAAGAAUUAAUUCGUUUAUCCAUUUCACAGGUUAUUUUUAUUUUAUUUUAAAGGGUUUCCACCCAAUUUUAAACUUAUAUUUGGGAAAAAUACAAUAUGUACAAUACAAAAAUACAUUAAGAUAACCUCACCCAGAAGCUAAUGUUCAUCUAAAUGAUUCAUUGUCCCUCCCAUUCAAUACAAUUUAAUGAUGUACAGUAUUAGACAGAUGUUAUUAUAGACCUUAAACAGGGUAUACAAAACACUGUAUUGAAUUUUACACAGAUGAAUAUGAGGCUGUUAGGAAGGCUUGAGGCUACUAUAUACUUUAAAUGAAAGAAUGAACUGAUGUGAUAUGGUUUUUUAACAAAAUCAUGCCAAAAGAAAGUUUGCUUGGUGUUUGUUUUGGGAGGUAAAUACAGCAAAACCUUCUGUAAAAUUUCAUUUUGGCUGGUAAACACCUUUAAACUACCAUUGGUCAAUGGCAAUUACAGUACAGAAAAAACUUUGCUUGUGAGUAUACUGUGGCGUAAUAUUCUAGACAAUGGAAUGCAUGGUAUAAAGAUACUAGAUCACAUGUUAUUUUUUUUAACUCACACCUUUCAAACUUGGUAUAUGGAGUUAUUGUCUACUGAGAGUGUUUUGGAAAGAUGUUUGGUCAGCUGAACAACUGGCAUAUCGUUAUACAAAAGUACAAUACAUUGAACACACACUGUACUCAACUCCCUCACAGCUUGAUUUCAUUUAGGUCAAAAAUUAAAUAAGCCAGCAAGGUCUAUAGAGGUCCCUACUAUCCACCAAGGG